CUGAGUAGUUUUUUAUUUUUGCCGCCUCCGCCGUUAAAAUGCCCUUCAAGCUUCCCCAGCAACCAUUGUUCCCUUCAGAGUAACAUUUGACUUAGGAUGAGACCAGUACAGAAGAAGGGCAUAAACAGAACCAGAAGCAGGACGAGCAAUGAAACAGAGCAGCACCGAUGUCGCCGGUGAUGGCAGAAACUCUGCUUCGAAGCCUCAUCGUCUAAUUAUCAGCGUAAAUUUUCAGAAGUUCAAGAGACUUAUGUAUGCUUCUCUGAGUUCUCUCUUUUGCUUUCCCACCUCUCUUCUUGCUGUCCUCCUCCUCCUCCUUUUGGCCUGCAAUGGAGGUUCUGUGUUCUACAUUAGCUUCUCUUUUCCGGCCAAGACUCCGCUGGCGUCUCCCUCUUUUCUCCCAGAAAUUUCCGCCGGCGAAACCCCACGAAAACAGGCUUCUUCGACGCCUCCCCUCUCUUCUUCUUCUUCUUCUUCUUCUUCUUCUUCUUCUUCCUCCUCCUCCUCCUCCUCCUCCUCCUCCUCCUCCUCUGUGAAAUUGGAAGUCAAACGAGAAGACCAACGUCCGAUUCUGAAAACCCAUUUGCCCCUUCUUCACAGAUCGCAGUAUUCGGCUCUUCCCAUAUUCGAUUCUUCGAUUCAUAGGCAGAGGCGGCUCCGAAAACACAGGGGCGCCUUAAAGACUCUGCGUCCCGGCGAUUUGUCAACCCAAUUUCCUGCGAGGCUGAGGGAUUUCCUUGGUGGGAAUUCUUCUAAUUCUUGGUGUAAGGUUCGAUUUUUCAUGACUUGGAUUUCUUCAUUGCAAUCGUUUGGUAAAAGGGAACUGCUUACAGUAGAGAGUUUGUUUAAGUCACACCCGAAUGCUUGUUUGGUCAUAGUCUCAAACUCCAUGGAUUCAAACAGGGGAACCCAAUUGUUAAAACCUUUCAUCAAUAAAGGGUUUAGAGUAAUUGCAAUUUCUCCUGAUUUUGAAUACAUUUUCAAGAACACAAAAGCAGAAAUCUGGUUCAAUAGGUUAAAGCAGGGGAACAUUGAUCCCGGGGAGGUCUCUUUGGGUCAAAAUCUCUCAAAUCUGCUCAGGCUUGCUCUGUUGUACAAAUAUGGAGGAAUUUACAUAGAUGCUGAUGUUAUAGUUUUGAAGAGCUUAUCAAGCUUGAGAAACACCAUUGGAGCACAGGCAAUGGAUCUUCAAACUGGGAACUGGAGCAGAUUGAACAACGCUGUCAUGAUCUUUGACAAGGAGCAUCCUCUCCUCUUGAGGUUCAUUGAAGAAUUUGCACUUACAUUUGAUGGGAACAAGUGGGGUCACAAUGGACCUUACCUGGUCUCCAGAGUUGUUUCGAGGGUGGCCGGAGAGCCUGGUUUUAACUUCAGAGUGCUGCCGCCUGCGGCAUUUUACCCCGCGGACUGGACCAGAAUCCGAAGUCUCUUUCAUGGGCCGAAGGAUGCGAACCAUUUGAAAUGGGUGGUGGCGAAGCUAAAGGACAUUCGAAGGCAUAGCUUUGCGGUGCACCUGUGGAACAGGGAGAGUAGAAGAGUCAAGGUUGAAGAAGGAAGCAUCAUCAGCCAUGUAAUGUCUGAUUGUUGCAUCUUCUGCAAUUCUUCCUAAAGUAAGGAUGAUGAUGAUGAAGAUGAUGAAAUGACUCACUAAUUUCAUUCUGUGAUCUCUUCUGCAAAUUGUGUAUUAUUCAGUUCAUUCCACCAUAAUUCUUGUCAAGUAAAUUUAAGUUAAAAGAGAAAUAUAGAAUCCCUUCUUUCAGAACAAGUAUUUUAAUUUUGUC